AUGGCGGGCGUCGCAAAGGAAGCCGUUGUGCCCAUCGAGGGCGCGCUUUUGGCUCUAGCUAUUGCCUUCGUCCUCGCUCGACUGUCUCUUCGACUUCUUCGACAGCGUCAGAACCUUACCAUCAGCGAUUGGAUCCUCAUCUUGUCCCUGUUCGAUGCGAUUGCCCUCUUCGCAACCGACACUAUGGCGUACAACCUGGGCGGAAUGGACGAGUACGACCCUGAGGCACCAGAGCCGCCAUUGGAGGACCAGAUCAGGCUGAUGAAGGUGUCUUUUGCGGGCAACUACUUCUACGACACCGGCAUCUACAUCCCAAAGCUUGCCAUGCUGGCCUUCUAUUUCAAGUUGAUUCCGAAGACAAUGCCACUACUACGAAAGACGCUGUAUGGAGUCACCGCUCUCACCGUGACUUUCGCCGUCACAACCUGCUUUCUGGAUACUUUUUGGUGUGGACCAAAUGUGUCCGUUAACUGGGAUAUCGAUGGCUCAUGUAGCACGUUCGAUUCGAAAGAUGUUUUCCGCAUCGACUGGGUUUUGAAUUUCAUUUCAGACAUUUUGAUCUUCGCUAUCCCAUUUCCUCUUCUUCAUGGCCUACAGCUGAGCAGAAGAUACAUCGUUGGUCUCAUUGCCACCUUUUCCACAGGCAUCAUCACCAUUGGGGCGAGUGUUGGAAGAUUUGCCACUGUCGAGUCCAUCAAAGCGUGGACUAAUGUUUACGUGCUGUCCAUGACCGAGGUCACGGCUGCAAUCUUGGUGGUAUCACUGCCUGCACUCAAGUCACUUCUCCAUCGCCGCGGGCUCAGUACUUCGAAGUACGGAACUGCCCAGUCGGGUUCCGCCGGGCUGGGGUACAGCAAGCACCCAACCCCGUCCAGCCACUUCAAACUUUCAUCGGGGAGGGACCCUUACAUGGCAACCACGCGGGUGGCUGCCGAGAACGAAUCUGGAAGCGAAGUGGAACUCAACACCCUCAAACGAUCGGAUGUGAUUUACAAGUCGGAACGCGUGAGCGUGACCUAUCAGCGGCGCGAGAACGCAGGCGAGGACGGAGAUCAAGGAGGGCCUAGAUACUAG